AUGUCAACAUCUUCGAGCGGCCAUUCAGUGGCCGAGUACAAGGAGCUAUUGGAAGCCCGGGAUGCCGCCAUUCGCGAGGGAUGGGUUCGCACGAUGGAAGCCCGCCUGGUGAGAGAAGAGCUCGGCAAGUGCUGGCGGACAGAGGGCGUCAACCACUAUGCACAAUGCCACGAGCUCACUCAACGGUACUUAGACAUGCUCCGGACUCAUAGGGUCAAAGGGACUCGCGUGAUCGAUUUCGAGAGCUAG